CUAUGCGCGAGGAGAACAUGCUAUCCAGGACACACACUUCCAUUACUAUACCACAACUUAGUUUGACAUCCCGAUCUCGAAUCAUUCUCUAGUCAUGAACACGAGGGCUACUUCUUUCGAAAUUUCGCUGUGACCAAUCAUCCCCAACAGACCUCGUUACCAUAGCGGACACCUACGGAUGGACAUCCAAGUUACCAUCAUCAUAGCUGAGUCUCCAUUUUGGCAUGAUGGAGAGAAAGGAUAACGAAACGCUCCGCCAAGAGCGCAAUCGACCGCAAAACACCCACGAUUUUCACAUGUCUAGUGCUGACUUUUGCCUAUUGCUAGAAGGUAAUAUUGCGCCACUCCUACACCCAAAUAGCCAAAUUACUCGUCCUUCCAUCCAAACGCUAUGCCACCUAAGACUUCGCCCGUCGUGUUAACCCUGGGACAUGGCUUAAACCUGGGACAUGGUUCCUAGUCAAACGUGGCACAUUCCAGGUUGCUUGUGCUCUAGCCCUAGUUUUACAUCCGCCUUCUGGGAAAAGAGAGAGGGUGUGUGUAUGACUUUGUGGGAGGGUCGCACGUAUAAAGCGGACUCCGCAUGUGAAGCAGCAUCCUCAUUCAAACCCCGUGUACUUUCAUCUCACAGCUUGAGUACGGGACAACAACAACAACAUCAAGAUCAAGAUCUACCAACCAACCACCACAAUGCAGCUCUCCAAUUUCGCUGCACUGUUCGCACUUGUGACUGGCGUUAUCGGAGCACAACAAAAACCCAUCUACUGGAACUGUGACUACUCCACUGGUGACUGCUUGCAUGGUAAUCAAGAAAAGGUCGCAUGCGGUAGCGGUUUCCCAUGCAAAAGAAAUGGCAAUGGAUGUACUCCGAUUGACAGUAAUAAAGAUGGACAAUGGGAUUAUGCGAUUUGCUCGUGGCCCCAAGGAGGAUAGAUGGUAGUCAUUGCUGGAGAUUUGUUGUUGUUGGGUGGAGUUACCUAGGUAGUUGGAUACACCUAGUGAGGUUGGUAAUUGUUUUUUUCAUCACUUUGGUGGUAGUGUUGUUGUUG